GUACCUGCUGUUAGAUCCUGUCUACACUGUGAGGUUUCUCUGUGUGAUAAACACCUGAGAGCCCACAAAAUGUCCCCAGAACACAUCUUAACUGACCCCACCUUGUCCAUGGAGAGCAGGAAACACUCCGUCCAUAAGAAGACCCAAGAGGAUGAGACCCAUAUCUCUGCGUCCUGCAGUUUGGCUGGAGAACAUCAAGAACACCACGUGGAGAUGCUGGAUGAGGUUUCUGAGAAAAAGGAGACACUGAGGAAUGUUCUACAGAGACUUCUGACAAAGAGAGAGGAGAUGGAGGAAAGAGUUCAGAGUCUGCAGGAACACAGGAGGAAAGCAGAAGAAAAAGCAGCUGGUGACACGGAGAGAGCCACUGCCCUGUUUAGGGAUCUCAGGAGACGUCUGGAAGACCCGGAGAAGAGAAUCCUAUGGGAGAUCUCCGGGAGGGCAGAGCGGGUCUCCAUCUCUAUGUUGGAUAAGAUUCGGGAUCUGGAAAUAAAGAAAGAGGAACUGUCCAGGAAGAUGCGUGACAUUGAGGAGCUGUGUAACAUGACGGAUCCACUGACUGUCCUACAGGAAUCAGACACAGGUGACUUGUGUGAUACUGAGGAUGGAGAUAAUGAGGACAGAGAGAAACAUGAGAAACUCUUCCAUGAUGGAGGGGGGCUGGAUGUGGCUGGGAUAUCACACACAUUGCACACAGGUUUAUCUGAGUUAAUAACAGGGAUAGAUGUGUACUUCUAUAUACAGGAAGCUGAGGACAUAUCACUGGAUGUGAACACAGCUGGUUAUUAUCUACAGAUAUCAGAUGAUAGGAAAACGGCCUCCUUCUCAGAUAUGGACCAGAAUCACCCAGUAAGACCAGAGAGAUUUCAGGCUUGGCCUCAGGUGAUGAGCAGUCAGAGUUUCUCCUCCGGGAGACAUUACUUGGAAUUGUACAUCGGGGGAUCAGAUGAUUGUAGACUUGGGAUGUGCUACCCAAGCGUAUACAUAAGAGGACAUCAGUCCCUGAUUGGACAGAACAAUAAGUCCUGGGGUGUGUACAGGAAAGGUGAUGUGUAUUGGGUGACACAUGACAAUAAAUGGAUCCAUUUACCUGCCAAUAUCUCUGGUAACACAAUUUUGAUAUAUCUGGAUUAUGAGGCUGGGCAGAUGUCCUUUUAUGAUCUGUGUGACCCGAUCCGACACCUUCCACACCUUCACCACCACCUUCACUGAGCCCCUCCAUGUUGUGAUGGGCGUAUGGAGAGGUUGUAUAAAGGUAUAAGGGGUGAAUGAGGAGGUG